AUGGUGGGAUUCAAAGUAUUCUGUUUUACACUGCUUUGUAUUUUCUUUGCUUCUCAGAUUUAUACACCUCUCCCAGACAACAUUGAAGAAAGCUGGAAAGUAAUGGCUUUGGAUGCAAGUGCUAAAACGUGUAUCUUUACAGCUUUGUUUCUUGAAAAUAUAGGUGUUAUGAGAUUUGAAGAAUUUAUAUCCAUGAUUUUCAUGAUGGACUAUACUCUACCACUUUCAGAUGAACAUAUCACAGUGACUGAUACCACAUUUACUGACAUUCCAGUACGCUUGUACUUGCCUAAGAGGAAGUCAGAGACUCUCAGACGAGCUAUAAUUUAUAUUCAUGGUGGUGGUUUUUGUUUUGGAAGUUUCAAACAGAGACCUUAUGACUUCCUGAAUAGAUGGACUGCAAACAGACUUGAUGCUGUUGUUGUGGCAGUGGACUAUAGAUUAGCUCCUCAACACCACUUUCCUGUUCAGCUUGAAGAUGGCAUCGCUGCAAUCAAGUUUUUUCUUCAGGAUAAAAUUCUUAGAAAAUAUAGAGUGGAUCCCAACCGAGUCUGUAUUUCAGGAGAUAGUUCUGGAGGCACGUUAACAGCAGCAAUAACUCAAGAGAUGCAGAAUCAUCCUGAAAUAAAACAUAAAAUCAAGAUACAAGCUUUACUUUACCCAGCUUUACAGGUAAUUGAUUCUCAAUUGCCAUCCCACCUAGAAAAUGAGCAUGGUGUAGUUCUGACACGGGACAUAGCCAUAAAACUUGUGAGUCUGUAUUUCACCAAGGAUGAAGCCCUUCCCCAGGCAAUGAAAAAAAACCAACAUAUGCCUCUGGAAUCAAGGCAUUUGUUCAAGCUUGUUAAUUGGAGUACCCUACUUCCUGAGAAAUAUAGAAAGGAUCACAUUUAUAAGGAACCAAUUCUUGGAAGAUCUAAUUAUUCAUUACCAGGACUUACGGAUAACAGAGCAUUACCCUUGUUGGCCAAUGACUCACUGUUACAGAAUUUGCCAUCAACUUAUAUUAUUACCUGUCAACAUGAUAUCUUAAGAGAUGAUGGACUUAUGUAUGUCACACGACUUCGAAAUGCUGGAGUUCCAGUCACUCAUGACCAUAUUGAAGAUGGAAUCCAUGGAGCUUUAUCAUACAUGACUUCACCAUUUUAUUUACAUCUAGGUCUUAGGAUAAGAGAUAUGUAUAUUAGUUGGCUGGAUAAGAAUUUAUAA